ACUCAUUGUAAUUCUGUUAAGUCGAUUUAGUCUUUUUGACCCUUUUGGCUUUCCAUAUUCUGUCCUAAACGCCUCGGGUAAUCCCAUUUCGUUCCGUCAUAAUGAAACCUAGGCUAGUGUGUUACUGGUAGCCAGUAGUCUAAUUAUUCUUGAUAAUAUUUUUAAAAGCAAGCAAUGAAAGAUACUAGUUGUAAAAAUGUUACUGCGCAUCCAUAGUCGUAGCGCAAGUAUUUUUGUUGUAGUGUGAGCUUUGCUGCUACUGUCACAGUGUCAGCUGUUAGCUAGCCUGCCUGAGGAGAUUCUCGAGGUUCCUCUCAUGCCAAAUAGCACUGAGUGAUCUUUUCUCCGGAACCAAGAGCCGUACAAUAAUUGCAAUCACACUUAAACCAAAAGGUUAAUCGCAGUCGUUAAUUUACAACAGGUUUGACGCGGUGACAGACGACGGUCACAGUCAGCGGCCGCACACCGUAACUGUAUCCCCCAGAGAGACACCAUAUUCGCGCAGGCGAAAUUGGGCGGGCGCUGAUAUUGACACGCCACAUUUUUUCAUGACGGGGAUUUCCAGAGGAAGUAAGACCAAAGGGGCUUUCCAGUGCGCUCAAACCUGACAUCAACAGCGCGGAGGAGCAUGCUCUGGAGACUCCUGUGCCAACAUGUUUUCCAUCCCCUUUUAUUAUACACUAUUUCUGCAAUAAUCAUUCGUUUUUCUUCGUAAAAUAUAUGACGACCGACUGCCGUCGUUCCGUUUUUGUUCAAACCCUUCGAGCGGGAGGAUUCGCGCCGAAGCUCCGCUUUGAAACUAAAGAACUGCACGACGGUCGCGAUUUCAUGUAAUGUCAGCAGGACGGAAUGUGGACGGGCGGGAGUUACAGAUCCCCCUUCAUCAGCGUCCUCCUUCCCUGGCGCAGCGAUCCUGGACUGAGCCUGGAUUCCUGCCGCUUCAGGGGGGCUUCAGAGACCGCUUUGUUCUCCCACCGGAGCCCAAAUACUGCUGCGAGGCAUGCCACUUUGUGCUGUGCAACCCAAAGCAGACCGAGUGUGGACACCGUUUCUGUGAGACCUGUAUCUUGGACCUGCUCAGCAAACGGGAUCCUGUUUGUCCUGUAGACAUGGAACCUUUGUUUGAAGACAAGAUAUUUCGAGAUGUAUGCUGUAACAGAGAGAUUAUGGCACUGAAGGUCUACUGUAGGAAUGAGAAGAAUGGCUGCAAAGAGCAGAUGAGUCUACAUCAGGUCAUGGAUCACUUGAAUGUCUGUCCAUAUUUUGAAGUCCCCUGUCCUCUGGGAAAGUGCAAAGAAAAAAUGAUGCGCAAAGACAUGCCUGACCACUUAGCCUGGAAGUGUAAAUACAGAGAGACUACGUGUGAAUUCUGUAAACACAAGAUGGCGCUAACGGAGAUACAGAAACACAAAGAAACUGUCUGUCCUGCAUUUCCAGUGGCCUGCCCUAAUAAUUGUACUUAUUCUUCUAUUUUAAGAAGUGAGCUCUCCAGUCAUCAGCAUGACUGUCCAAAGGCACAGGUCAGUUGCGCCUUCACACGCUAUGGAUGCACAUUCAAGGGUCUCAACCAGGAUAUGAAAGACCAUGAUUCCAGCUUUGUCUCAGAACAUCUGCGAAUGAUGGCAACCAGAAAUGCUGCACUUGAAGCAAAAGUUGAAGAUGUAAAAGGGGAGCUGCAAGAACGAUACAAGGUCCUACCAGGUUUGAACUCGCGCCUAUCAGAAAUGGAAUCUUGCCUUGAAGAAAUGAGGGAGAAGAGCAGACAGGUGGAGCAGAAGCUAUCCAGUAUGCAAAAGGUGCUGAGCUCACAUACUGAGAAGAUGCUGGAGAUAGAGCUGGAGCUGAGAUCACUACGGUCAAUGCGGGAUGAGGUGGAGUCUUUACGGAAUAGUGUGGAAAAUAUCCGAUCCCGUGUGACAGCUUUGGAGUUGGGACAAGUGGGGACCAGCUCUGGAACACAAACCUUAAAAACUUUGGAGCAGCAAAUGUCCCGGCAUGACGACAUGCUCAGCGUACAUGAGAUUCGCCUGGCUGACAUGGACUUGCGCUUCCAGGUACUGGAGACAGCCAGUUACAAUGGGACACUUAUAUGGAAGAUUAGGGACUAUAAGCGGCGGAAGCAGGAGGCGGUGGCAUCCAAGACUCUUUCUCUUUAUAGCCAACCUUUUUACACUGGUUAUUUUGGCUACAAGAUGUGUGCCAGGGUCUAUCUGAAUGGCGAUGGCAUGGGUAAGGGUACGCACUUGUCACUCUUCUUUGUCGUGAUGCGUGGAGAGUAUGACGCGCUGCUGCCCUGGCCCUUCAAACAGAAAGUGACACUCAUGCUAAUGGACCAGGGACCAGCACGUAAGCACCUGGGUGACGCAUUUAAACCUGACCCUAAUAGUAGCAGCUUUCGGCGUCCAGCAGGUGAAAUGAACAUUGCAUCGGGAUGUCCACUUUUUGUGGCCCAGACAGUUUUGGAAAAUGGCACGUACAUCAAGGAGGACACUAUCUUCAUUAAGGUCAUAGUGGACACUUCAGACCUUCCUGACCCCUGACUUUGAACACCAUCAAACUCAUGGCUACAGUAAAUGUGAAAUGCUGUAAUUCAGAGUGUCCUUAGAGAUAAGGGGCAAUAGAAGGUGAUGGUAAGGAGAGGAAACCUGACUGAGAACACUGUGCAAGGCCUCAAGCACACAGGGAAGCAAGCAGAUGAAGGUUGGAGGAACAACUGAGCUCAGCUUGGAUUACAUUCACCAUAUACCUGUCCUGUCACUAACUGCAGAGGAAAAUACAAUUUUAUAAAGGCUAAUAAAAUUGGAAUGAUGAGGUUGAACAUAGGUUGGUGAAGCAGAGUUAAAUGAGUUUAAUCUAAAGCUGAGGACAGCUUUGUCUGAAGAGGAAAUUAACUUACCCUGGUGACUGGAGGGGAAAAAACUCAAAUUGUUCACAUGGGUGAAGUGGUUGAAGAGGGAUCUAAGUCUGGACAUCAGACUUGGAAUAGGAGGAGGGUGAUUUCUGUACCUCAAAUUUAAUGUUGGGAUAUUCAUACAGGCUUUUAAAAGCUAACUGCAAUUGAGGUAUACUAAGUAAAUGAAAAGGAGGUGUAUUGUGUAUUAUGGUACAUUUGCCAUAAUUAAUUUAUGGAUUACUGUGGUAAACUACAGGUACAACUGUAUUCAUCCAGUUAGGAAAGCAUACAUUUAUCACCAAUAUGAAAUUGCUUUUUUAAAACUUUUUACUUCAUGUAACAUGAUACAGAAAUAGAUGCUGUGCAUCAUUAUUUUUAAAUUUGAGAAAUGCUUACAGAACCCUCCAGAGGAUGUUGUGCAUUUUUAAAAUUACAUAAGAUCUUUGUUUCUAACUUUAUAUGUGCUAGUUGGAUAAUUUUAGUUUUAUGCAAUCAAGUCCUCAAAGAAUAUUUAACGGCAAGUACAUUAGCUAAUAUGGCCGUUGAUGAGCUUUAAAAGCUAAAUUGUACCCAGGAACCGAUUAUUUUUCCAUCAAGUAGCAGUGAUUCAACCCCCUCAACAAAUUCUAGUGGAGUGAUUUUGCAGAAGGAAUGAAUGCAGUUACGUAAUGUAAGAUGUACUAUGCAAAGAACUUUUCAAAUGAACAGGAACAUAUAACAAACAUUGGUGAGUUAGCAUAUAUGACUUUCAAUAUAAGGCAGCUGUAGUGGAAACUCAACCCAGUAUCUGCAUGCUGAACGGAGUGUUAUGUUGACAGCAACAGUACCUUGAAGAACAUAACAGGACUGACCUCUAAAGAUGAUGAUACUGACAGAUGAAACAAGCUCGAGGACCCCUCAGGCCCUGCAAGUGUGAUGCUGGUGAUUUGCCUGAGGUGCACAAUUUCAUAAAUGGCUAUAACUCCUGGAUACACCUGAGCAACCUUUGAUAAACAUUUCAGUUGUCACAUUAGGUCCAAGCACCUCCACUGAUCAAUUAAAUGUCUUUGUUAAAUUAUAGAACUAAUUGUCUUGAAAUAACAUACAGUACCUUCAACCAGAAUUUGUCCCUGUGCCACCCAUGAAACUCAGCACACUUGCCAGAGCCUGUUUCACAUAUGAAUGGUAAAACACCUCUUUUCAAUGUUUCAAAUAAGCUAUCAGCCUUGUUUAAGGGUGCUCCAUGUUGAAAGAAAACAUAUUGAAUAUGACAUGAGGUGGCUAUAAGUACACAGUGCUUGCAUAGAGACAAGAACAUAAUUAUAGUACCUGGAAGUAUAGUAGUACCCUUGAGCAAGGUACUUAUACAG